AUCCGAGCUGAUGUCAACAAGUGCAACAAGGAGCCUGGUCUCACGCCCCUUACGAUGGCUUGUCUGAAGGGCUACAAGGACGUGGUUCGGCUGCUGCUGCACAAGAAAGCAGACAAGGAGAAGCACGUCAGCUACCUGACCCCUCUGGUUGCGGCCGCCCGUGAUGGUCAAGUCGACAUCAUCCGCCUGCUGGUUAAGCAAAGAGCAGACAUCGAUACGGCAGACGGUGGCUGGACGGCACUUCGCAUAGCGACCCAGGAAAACCAAGUGGAGUCUGCCCGGGCUCUGCUGAAACUUGGGGCAGACAAGCACAGGCCCAGCAAGGAUGGCUUUACCGCAUCCCAGCUGGCCUACUUCUGUUUGCAACCGGAUGCGUAUCCAGAGAUUCGAUCCUUGCUCCUGGAGUCCGUGCCCGAGCACCUCAUCGCCCCAACCCAGACUGCGACUUUUAAUGCUUCGCCGUUUUACCGUCCAAUGGACACCUACUACUACUGGGUACAGCGCUCUGGGCCCCUUCCUCGCUGA